GGUAACAUUUUGUCUAUUAAAGCAAAUGCCCCCCCAGAAAGAAGCCUUCUUACGAAAAAGGAGAAAAAAAGAAGUUAAAAACAGAAUUGCAUCUAGCGUAAUGACCGCGGAGCAUUGCAGUGUUUAGCUUUUUUUUAUCAGGUUUUGUACUGGCCACGAUUUACGUAAUGGUGUGUUGCCAAAACGGCUAUUUGCUUUCUUUGAACUGGUAGUAUACGGCACGCUGUAUGUACCGUAGACGGAACUUCUCCUCUCCCUCACCCUAACAACCAGCCUUCGGACAUUUGUUACUUCGUUAAGCAGAACAGGCAGCUGAACCAACUCUGAAAACCACUAGGGAGUCAAGUGGGCUUCACUGUCAUAGCCAGGUAUACAGUGGCAUGAAGAAUCAUUCGCCCAGGACCACACUGCAACGUACAGCACUGUUUAUAAACUUAUUGCCCUUUUAAAUGUGCACCACUUCAAUGCCUGGUCUCUUACAAACCGCAGAACCUCUUUGUGGAAUGCCUUCACAUGAAGAUCUAUCUAGCAUUUCUCUUAUUGCUAAGAGGUCUGUCUCAUUCGAGUACAGCAGCAGUGUGCAGGAUCUUCUGCUAGACCUACCUCUGCGUUCUUCCCAUGUGGUGGUUCCAGGAGGGAUUCUGUGCACUCCCUGCAUUCCUGGUGGUCUGGUCAUCGGCCACCUUCAUCUUGCCUUAUGUCACGGCUGUAAUGUUGAGGCACGUGGAUCCCUGGUUGCCCUAUAUAAGUGACUCUGGCAUCCAGCCUCCAGAACGUUGUUUGUUUGGGAUAAUGCUCAAUAUCUCCUCCUUCCUAGGUAUGGCAACCAUAUACGUGCGUUACAAACAAGUGCAGGUCCUGAUGCGGGAGGAACACAGAGUACACCGCCUGAACGCACUCGGCCUCGGUCUGGGCUUUGGGAGCUGCCUGGGAAUGUGUGUCGUUGCCAAUUUCCAGAAAAGUGUCCUGAUCGGCAUGCACUUUCUGGGGGCUAUCAUGACCUUUGGCCUGGGGAUGCUGUAUGUCCUGGUGCAGUCGGCGGUGUCCUACCACAUGCAGCCACACGUCCACAGCAAGAGAGUGUUCCUGGUGCGCUUGGCCAUGGGACUGUGGAGCUUGGCCAGUGUUAUCAUCAUGGUUGUGUCUUCAGGCAUCAUGUACAGCAGUCUGCCUGCUGUUGACGCGAUCUUGAAGUCGCACUGGGUCCCUGGGAUGCCUGCCUACACAGCCCACCUGGUCAGCACUAUAGCUGAGUGGUCUGUCGCUUUCUCCUUUGUUACAUUCUUCCUCACCUACAUACGUGACUUCCAGAAAAUCACACUGCAGGCAGAGGCUGAACUGCAGAGCAACCACCUCUAUGACUCUACACGCUACAAUGAGAGUUCACACUAUAGAGAGGAAUCCCCGUUGCUGGCUGGAAGUAUUUGAGCAAGGGUCCCCCUUCUGGAAGGAGGACUGCCACUGCAUCAUUUAAGUAACACCAUCCCACAUGAUGGAAGCCAAAGUUCUCUCAUCAAACUAAAGAGCUCUUUAACCAUUAAGUGUAGGCCUCCUGAUUUUUUUUUCAGGAUGGAACUACUUCACAAAGUCACCAUCAUUAACCAGCUUACCUUAUUUUUCAUUCCAAAGCAACAUGCCAUUUUUUCAUUGAGAUCUGUGUAUUUCAAGCUGUUCAGCACAAGGCCACAAUAUCCUGGUAUCUUUUGGGACUGUUCGGCCAAAAGUUCUAAUCCUGCUCAGGUACGGCAUUGCCUUUGCAGAUGCUUUUAAAAAUCUUGAGAAUGUGAGUUCUGAAUACGUUUUUCAUAUUAAGGAAACGUACUACCACGGUGUUUACUUUUUAUAAAAUAGGUGUUAAAUGUAAUCAAUGACUUCAUUCCCACUGUAAUAUUUCCUACAAAAUAUGAAUUGCAGCUUGUUUUUAUAUUAUUAUUUUUUUCAUAUAUUACUUUUAUAUUAAAUACUGUAUAUUUAAUGAAUGAGAGAAAUUAUUUCAAUGAAAUGUUUAUCCUGGUGCUGCUUUUUUCCCAGUCAUUACCGCUAGGUAUAUUCUACAGAAGGAAUUGUACAAAUGUUCGUGAAAACAGGAUCAACACGUGAAACGACUAUGUUUGGUUUGAAAUUACUUGAGUUCUACUACAAAUAUUCAGUAAAUGUGAUCAGAGCAAUUUGUAUGUAAUGACAAGCUAAUGAACUGCAUGCUUUCCAGGAAACUUUUACAGGAAUCUCCGUCUUUAUUUUUGUGUGAGUAGUCUUUCGUGAGCUCACGGUACGGCAUGUUUUAUGCUUAAGCGACUCACGCUUCUAUAACUGGACAAUCCUACCCCGGAUCUUUAAUGGUAUACUGGUCCUUUAAAACUGAGUUCCAAAGAAAGUUUCCGUAAACGUUGGUGCUGCUGGGAAAUAUGGGGAAAUCACCGAGUUUACUGGGAAUUUCCUCACAUUCCCGUGAUAUUAAUAGGCCUAUAUGAGGAAAACGAGAUUAAUAAAAGUCCCGACAGUUUUAAAACUAGAUGGUGUGGCAAAGAAAAGUCUAUUUAGUGUUUGCGUCGCGAAAUAUGUAAUGGAUUUCCGGGUUUUUUAAAUGUAGCCCGUUAAUAUGUGAUUAAUCGGGGUAUCUCUAUAACGUAAAAACGAUCGGUGAUAUUUUUAGCUGAAAAGCAGCCCACAUAUAAUCAACACGGGAAAAUGACCGGUUUGGUUAAUUAUAUACAUAUAUGUUAACACAUUUAAGGUGGAAAGUGACAGGAGUUUUGCUCAAUGAGACAACACUUGCGAAAUUUACCGUAAGUUCAUUUUUUUAGUCUUAGGAAUGAAUGGACGUCGGAGGUUCAUGGGAAGUUCAGAGAGAUGAACUUUUGGUGGAUUUUGAACUGUGUUAAAGGGUGACUGAUCUUGAUCUGUGGGCUGAUUAAAUCAGAAUCUUGGCUCUGUAUUGGAUUCUGUAUACACGAAGAGGAGCUUUAGAAGUUGUAGUAUAGAAAAUGCAAGUUAUUAGCUUUCAUGCCAGAGUAUUAAAAUGAAAUAUUUGAUUUUAUGCUGCCAUGUGUGACUUUCUACACAAUGCCAUUCACUUAGUUUUCUGUUUUUACAAGAAGGGCAGCUGUCCUGUGAUGCUUUAGUACUAAUCUGGAGUUAGAACCUUGAGCCCUAGUACCCCUAAAUAAACUCAUUUACACUUUUU